GCUCUCCAGUGGUUUGCUUUCUGCUUCUGUAGGAGGAGCAGUAAUUGGUUUCUGCUAAGAAGAUAGAAUUUAAAUAAAAUUUCUCUUACGGCGACGAAUUUGGGUGAAAGUGGAAUGGAGCCAGUGGCUUCGGUGGUGGAUAAAUUGAAAGAUUUUGCUAAAUCCUCUCAGGACCUGUUGGCUCGUGGCAUCCUUCACUGGCCACAAAAUUUCAACCGCCGAAAUCCGAUUGAAAUUUUGAAGCGGUUGCAACGAGAAGCCUUUUCUGAUAUUAUGAAACUAAGAGAUAGGCAAGACAAGGUGGAACGAAUGCUGACGUUUUAUAAAACUUCAAAAGCAACUCCAUUCCAAGAGGCUAGUACCCGUGUAAGGGGAGAUAUAGAUGUGGUUGGUGCAAUGUUUAUGGUGGACAAUUUUGAUGAUCAGCAACAUCAAACAGUUCAAAAUGCAGGUAUUCGGACUGGCGUGGAUCUAAAACUUGUAUUUGAAACAGUCAUUAGGGAGAAAGAUAUGCUUGUCGCAGAGUUUGUGGCUGUUAGAAAAGACCAAGGCAACACUUUGGAAAGGCCACUGUCAUUGGGAAAGCUUCUCUAUUCAGCAAAUGUCAGUGAUUGGUUUUCUGCGGUUGCUAUCCCUAUGGGUGCUACAUGCAGUGAUGUUGCAGUUGAUAUGAGCUCUUUUCAUAAGGACAAGGGCUUCUCCGAGUAUUCAGCGUAUGGACCACCCUUCCUGAAUCAGAAGAAUGGAAGUGCUCUUGGCAUAAUGGUCAAGAAGUCAAAUGUUGUUGCCUCAUUGGCUCAGUUUGUUUCUGGACUAGGAUUGCCAACCAACUGUAGUGAAAUCACGAAUUGCUUCGGCACUUUUGGGCAAGUUGUCUAUCAACUAUCUCAAAGUACAAAACUCUCACUUUUGGGUGUCCAUAAAGUGCCAAAAUUAUCAAAUCAAAGACUGCGUCUUGGAGCUAUGACAACCCCUUUCAGCAUUUUUAGGCAACGUAAACUUUCUGAAACAUCUAUUGAGGAAAAUGGUUUGCAGAUUGAAACAUAUGGGGAAGGGGAACGGUUGGAUGGAUCUGUUGCGCUGAUGCUUGAAUCAGAGCUUGAUGAGAGCACACGAAUAGGUGGUUGGAUUGAAAUGAAACAAUCAAACACUAGACAUCUACAGUGGGCUGUUAGCAUGUCUGACACGCCUGAAGACGAUCUUGGCUGGGGCUUAAGCAUGGGUGGUCUGGUCCAAGGUUCAAGAAGUUGGGACUAUUUUCAGGUAGAAGCCUUCCUAAAUUUUAGUUUUGGUAAACGAUUUAGAUUUCAGCCAGCUGUUGUAUACUUGGCUGAUAGAACUUCUCACUUUCCUGCUUUCUUGUUACGGUCAAGUUGGUCCCUCUAACUAAUCGUUCUGACUUUUCCGUUAACUCUUUGUUGGAAAUAUGAUUCAUACAACUGCAGGCAAGUAACCUGUGGAAUUUUUGGGUAAAUUAUGUUAUAAUCCACUGGUGGAUCGUAUUUUCAAUUUUGGGUGAGAAACCUAUAUGAUAUCAAGUUCAUGAAUCAAUUAGUGAGGUAUAUUCAAAUGGUUUGAGCAUUACAAAUGUCAACUCCCAUGGAUUUGAUUUCUCAAGCUAUCAUUACAGGCUCACUUGACAUAGACUGCAAGUAUCCUGUAUCUAGAAAAAAGAAUUAGUUAUUGCUCCUGAUGCCUGUAUGGUUCUUUCAUUACAUUUGAAUGUACUCCGUGCUUUCUAAAUUUUGAAUCUCCUUUUGUUUA